AUGUCUGUAGCUGCAGAGUCACAGAUAAACGGACGAAACCUUGAUACUUUUGCAGAGCUCCUCGUUCCCAAUUUCAUCCAGUUCAUACGGACCAGAUCUUUCAGUAUGAGACAAGCACGGGAACGCUUCAAUGCUAAGGCACGGAAGUCAACAGCCGGAACAUCGCACAAGAAGGGGAAGCGUCCGGCCCUGGCGCCAGAAGUGGCGCAUGAAGAACAGAAUCCAAACGCGGAACUCCUGGUGCCCAAGACGAAGAAACAGAAGGAUGCGGAGCGGAAAGAGCGACUUCAGCAGGAGUUGCUUGCCCAAUCCAACUCCAAGAUGACGAGCAAGAAGAAGCGCCGGCUGGACAAGUACAUCGACAAGAAACUGAAACAGGAAGAACGGAACAUCGUCCUCCAGAAGCUUGCGAAGAGCCAAGCUGACUUCCCUGAAUCAUUACAUCUCCAGUCGUCGUCAACGUUAGGGACAGGCAAAGCGAUUACCCACGAAGAGACCAUCGCACGCCAGGAGGACAAGGAGAUCAGACAUGCCCUAUACGGCGCCAAAGGCCGCAAACGAACGAGGGAAUUGUAUGCAAGCUCGGAAAGCGGCAGCGACGAGGAUAUAGCACACGAAAGCCAUGAUACUGGCGGUCCGGAGGCGAUCGGGUCAUCUAGGUCGAACCCUGUGAUAGUGGUGGAUGAGGGCAGUUCCAUCAAGGGAGGCAAACCGUCCGAUUCCAUUGCCACAAUGACCAUUGGAAGUGCUCUCGCCCGCAAAGCCGAUGGGACCUUGGUCGCCCCUCGGGUGGUAGCGCGGAAAUCUAAAGGGGGGAAGAAGCUCAAUUUCCAAAGCUGGAAGACGGGGCCUGGCCAUGGCAAGGACGACGGUGUCGAAUCCUCGGAGGAUAGCUUCGACAGCUCGGAUUCCGCUUACGACUCUGAUUCGGACUCAGUUUCGGGCCAGGAAACUGAGAGCGAAUGGGGAGGAAUUGGGGUGGGAGAAGGAACCGACACCGAGGAGGAAGAAUCAGACGCCUCGGUUCAAGGGAUGGACGUGGACGCAAAGCUUGAUGAUGAAGUCGAGCAGACGGAGCCCACGCGCCGCGUUGCAGGUUUCAAAGCAUGGGCUAUGAAACAGUUGAGCACGGCGAAACCGUACAUUGCCGUUCCGGACGCGGAAGAUGCAGGAGAUACACCAGAAGAUCGACAUCCUGCUGUAGCCCCGCCGAAGCCCAAAGGCCCGUUAGGCCCUCAAGAGAUGCGUGGACCGUUGGGCGAGGACCUGCAGCUGCCGGAAACGAGUCUUGCUCAGCAGCUUAAAUCUAUGGGGGAUGAGUUCGCUCCGAAACGGAAAACCGUUCUCGUAGAUCGCCCGGCGGAUGUGCAAGAGUCUCGCCUCGCACUGCCCAUCGUUGCCGAAGAACAGUCCAUCAUGGAAGCGAUCCUGCUCAACCCCGUCGUGAUCAUAUGCGGUGAAACGGGUAGUGGAAAGACAACUCAAGUUCCGCAGUUCUUGUAUGAAUGGGGCUUUGGCAGCCCAGAAAGUGAAAACCCGGGAAUGAUAGGGGUGACUCAACCUCGUCGUGUCGCCGCUAUGUCGAUGGCUGCUCGUGUAGCCCAUGAGCUUUCAUUACCACCGACUCGCGUAUCUUACCAAAUACGCUACGACGCCACGGUGUCGCCGUCAACCUCGAUCAAAUUCAUGACAGACGGUGUCUUGCUCAGGGAGCUGGCUACCGACUUCCUCCUGACGAAGUAUUCGGUCAUCAUCAUUGACGAAGCUCACGAACGAAGUAUGAACACUGAUAUCCUCAUCGGAGUACUCAGCCGCGUACUCAAACUGCGCGAGGAAAUGUGGCAAGAAGGUAAGGAAGGUACUAAGCCCCUUCGCCUCGUCAUCAUGUCGGCGACGUUGCGCGUCAGUGACUUUGCCGAUAACACCACUCUCUUCGCCACCCCGCCUCCGAUCAUCAAUGUCGAGGCUCGGCAACACCCCGUCACCGUUCACUUCAAUCGCCGCACCCCGUCGGACUACGUCACCGAAGCCGUCAAGAAGGCGUCCAAAAUCCACUCCCGACUACCGCCUGGCGGCAUCCUCGUUUUCCUCACAGGACAGAACGAGAUUUCCGGCGUCUGCAGGAAGCUCGAGGCGAGGUACGGCACGAAAGCGUUGCAAGCACGACGAUCACGAGGUCGGGCGACCAUUACGGAACACGAGCAGCCGGGAUCAAUCCCUAGCGCAAGACAAGGAACCGUAGUCGCGCUCGAGGCUGAAGACCUUGAUCUUGGAGAUCGCCUCCAAGAAGAGUUAGCCGGCGACGUCGAUGAUGACGCUAUUCAGCACGACGAGGAGGCCUUGGAUAGCGAAGAUGAGAAUCCUGAGCUCGAUGCUGUACUAGAAGACGCCGACGCACCCAUGCACAUAGUACCCCUGUAUUCUCUCCUUCCAAGCGAGAAGCAGAUGCUCGUGUUCAAACCACCUCCCGAGGGCGCACGCCUCGUCGUGGUUGCAACGAAUGUUGCCGAGACGUCGCUCACUAUACCCGGAAUUCGGGCCAAGGAGGUUGGUGGACAUGUCUUGCUUCUCGUACACCACUCAGUCGUCACAAUUCUGCAGCGGCGAUAUGAUGUGGCGAACGGUAUCCAAGCAUUCCAGGUCAGCUGGAUAUCCAAGGCAUCGGCCGCCCAACGCGCAGGACGUGCGGGACGAACGGGACCGGGACACUGCUACAGGCUUUAUUCCUCCGCACUGUACGAGCACUACUUCGACCAGUUCACGCAACCAGAGAUCCUCCGCGUACCGAUUGACGGUGUCGUGCUCCAGAUGAAGAGCAUGCACAUACAUACAGUCGUGAACUUCCCCUUUCCGACUCCUCCGGACCGGCACGCGCUCCUCAAGGCUGAGACUGUCCUGGCGCACCUCGGUGCAAUCGAAGUUCCGCGAGAAUCGUUCUCGCGCAAGCAGCUGAGCGGAGGGCACAUAACCGAACUAGGGAAGGCAAUGUCGUUGUUUCCCUUGUCUCCGCGGUUCUCGAAGAUGCUGCUCGCGGGUCGCCAGCACGGAUGUUUGCCCUACGUCGUCGCUCUAGUCUCCGCACUCUCCGUAGGUGACCCCUUCCUAAGAGAGGAGGCUUUGGAAACCGAGGCGAUGGAAGAGAUCGAUGAAAUUGGGGAUGACUUGUCUCACCUAACGAGUGACGCGCAGCGGGCUAAGGAAACGCGGAAGAUCCGUCGGCGAUUGUUCUUCCAGACGCAGCAUACCCACGGGUCACUUGGAAGUUUUACUAGCGAUGCGUUCCGAGUCCUGUCCGUUGUCGGUGCCUACGAAUACGCCGGCGGUGGGCACAGUUUCUGCGAAGAACACUUCGUGCGACUCAAGGCGAUGGAGGAGAUACACAAGCUUCGGGCCCAGAUAUCGGCUAUAGUUCAAACAAACUUCGCCGCGGCGGAUGCAGGCUUCGUGCCCAACUUGCUCCCGCCAAACCCGACACAGAUCAAAGUUAUGCGGCAAUUGCUCACCGCAGCGUUCAUAGAUCAAGUCGCGAUCCGAAAAGAUCUCUUGACACCCUCACCCGGAGGUACACAAUAUGCCACGUGUAACAACGUAGCUUACCGCGCCAUGGGCAUCGAAGAGGAUGUUUUUGUCCAUCCCUCCUCUGUCCUCGCCAGCAGAGCGCCUUCGGACUUCAUCGUGUACCAGGAGGUGGUCCGGACGAGCAGAGUGUGGAUGAAAGGUGAUGCACUCUUGGGAAGCGUUGCACUUGAAUAG